AUGCCUCAACGCAAGGAGCCAAUUGCCAUCAUUGGCAGCGCCUGCAACUUUCCCGGCAAUGCCACCACUCCAUCAAAGCUAUGGGAAUUGCUGAAGGAGCCUUAUGAUCUCUCGAAACCUGUUCCACAAAAUCGCUUCAAUGCUGAUGUUUGGCACCACAAAGAUAACGCCCAUCAUGGUACUAGCAACGUCACCAAAUCCUAUUUCCUCGAGGCAGACCCUUCUGCCUUUGAUGCAACUUUCUUCAACAUUCCACCAAACGAAUGUGAGGCUAUCGACCCACAGCAGCGUAUGCUCCUUGAAACGGUUUACGAAUCCUUAUGCGCGGCCGGCGUUACCAUGGAGAGUCUCCGCGGGUCUUCUACUGCUUGCUAUGUUGGGCUCAUGUGUGACGACUGGGCUGGCAUGCUGGCUAAGGACUGGGACUGUUUACCGCAGUAUGCUGCAACCGGGAUAUCUCGUGCCAUUAUGGCUAACCGUAUCUCCUACUUCUUCGAUUGGCAUGGCCCGUCCAUGACCAUAGAUACCGCCUGCUCGUCUUCAUUGGUAGCUGUCCAUGAAGCAGUUCAGGUCCUCAGAAGUGGCGACUGCAAUGUCGCAGUUGCUUGUGGAGCCAACUUGAUCCUCACCCCUGGCAUGUAUAUUGCGGAAAGUAAGCUGAAAAUGCUUUCUCCAGAUGGAAAGUCACGGAUGUGGGAUCAAGGUGCCAACGGCUACGCGAGAGGUGAAGGCCUUGCGGCUGUGGUACUGAAGACUCUGAGCCAGGCUAUCAAAGAUGGUGAUCAUAUUGAGUGUGUCAUCCGGGAGACUGCCUUCAACCAGGAUGGCCGCACUACUGGUAUAACCAUGCCGAGCAACCUUGCUCAAACAGCCUUGAUUAGAGAAACAUACAAAAAGGCUGGCCUUGACCCCUUAGAUCCCAACGACCAGCCUCAGUUCUUCCAUGCGCAUGGAACUGGUACUCCUGCUGGAGACCCGCAAGAGGCCGAAGCAAUUAGCCGAGCGUUCUUCAAUGAUGACCAAACUGUUGAAAAGAAGCUCUGGGUUGGGUCUAUCAAAACCAUUAUUGGCCAUACUGAAGGCACAGCUGGCCUUGCCAGUCUUAUUGGUACCUCUCUUGCCCUACAAAACAAGACUAUUCCGCCAAACUUGCACUUUAACCAGAUUGCCGAGAAGGUCAAGCCUUUCUACACCAAUCUUCAAGUUCCAACGACAAGCCGCCAGUGGCCAUGCCCCCCAGCUGGCCAGCCAAUGCGUGCCUCCGUGAACAGCUUUGGCUUCGGUGGUGCUAAUGCUCACGCAAUUCUUGAAAGUUAUGAACUGGUUGAGUCACACAAGCCAUGCGACAACACGCCCCUUUUCACCCCCCUAAUAUUCUCAGCACACUCAGAGAAGAGCCUUCGAGGGAUCCUUGAUGCAUUCUCCGAGUUUUUGAAUCAAGAAAACUCUCCUGAUCUUAGCGACAUUGCCUGGACUUUGCAAAAGCGGCGCUCGGCGCUGGCUUAUAAGAUCGCUAUCUCUGGCCGAACAACAACUGAUAUCGUUGCCACCAUCGAUACAGCCCGUAAACAAAAGGAGGGUCUGGGUGUUCGAUCUUCAGGCCCUGAGAAACUGACGGUGCUUGGUGUCUUCACUGGACAAGGAGCUCAGUGGCCAACUAUGGGUAGCGAACUUAUCAAAGCCUCCGCUCAUGUUCGAAACAUUAUCGCCGAUCUCGACCGGUCUCUUCAAGAGCUCCCUGAAGCGGAUCGACCCAGCUGGUCCAUCCGGGGGGAGCUUGAGGCUGAUAAGCGGUCUUCUCGCCUUUCUGAAGCUGCCCUUUCUCAACCACUCUGUACUGCUGUUCAAAUUGUCCUGGUAGAUCUACUUAAAGCUGCUGGCACCAAUUUGGAAUUCAAGGCUGUGAUCGGGCACUCUUCUGGCGAGAUUGCCGCUGCCUAUGCUUCUGGAUUUAUCUCCGCUCGAGACGCUAUCCGUGUUGCUUACUACCGUGGCCUGUAUGCCAAGUUCGCUAGUUCUUCCUCUGGAAAGAAAGGAGCAAUGAUGGCAGUUGGUACAACUCUUGAAGAUGCUGAAGAAUUUUGCCAGCUUGAGGAGUUUUACGGCCGUAUUACUGUUGCAGCAAGCAAUGCUGCCACCAGUGUGACCCUCUCAGGAGAUGAGGAUGCAAUUGAUGCAGCUCUAGUGGUGUUCAAGGACGAGUCUAAGUUUGUUCGCAAGCUCAGAGUGGAUACCGCUUACCACUCAUUCCACAUGAAUGCGUGUUCUGAAAUGUAUUUAAAGGCAAUGGAUUCCUGUUCCAUUGAGUUUAGAGACGGAAACCCGUCUAUCCCGUGGUACUCUUCAGUCAUCCCCGAUACGAAGAUGGCCUGCGCCAACCUCAACGGCCAAUAUUGGGCUGACAACAUGAAUAAUACCGUUUUGUUUUCACAGGCUGGGAUUACUGCUGUGAAGGAGUCAGGUCCAUUUGACUUGGUUAUUGAAAUUGGACCCCAUCCCGCGUUGAAAGGACCAUGCCUGGAAAACUUGGAGCAAGCUACUGGUGUAGGUGGUACACCUUAUACUGGCCUCUUGUCGCGCGGUGUCGAUGAUGUCAAGGCAUUCUCCUCUGCUCUCGGCUACAUCUGGGAGUAUUUUGGCCCAUCUGCUGUCGAUUUUGAAGGGUAUGAUAAAAUGAUGUCUUCAGGUGCUCAACGCAAUAAUUUGUCAGGAGAACUUCCUGGAUAUUCCUGGGAUCACUCAAGGAGCUACUGGCUCGAUUCCCGUAUAGCUACUUCCUAUACUACUCGCGAGGCCCCACAUCCGAUGCUGGGUGUAAAUGUUGUUGAAGGCACUACAGGAACACAAAUCCAGUGGAGAAAUAUCCUAUUCCCCAAAGAAAUCACUUGGAUACCUGGUCACCGAUUGCAGGGCCAGAAUGUCUUCCCUGCGUCUGGAUAUGUGUGUAUGGCGAUUGAGGCUAUAAUGACUCUUGCGAGCAACCGGAACGUGCAACUGAUUGAACUGGAGGAUGUUGACAUUGCUCGUGCUAUUUCAUUUCUCGAUGAUACUUCUGGGAUAGAGCUUAUCUUCAACCUUAAUGUCUUGUCAUCCGACCAGGAUUCUGUCAGCGCUAGCUUUCAGAUAUCAUCAUGCCCCAAGGGUGAUAACGUACUAACUUUUAACGGAAAAGGAAAGAUAUCCCUUCAUUUCGGUGACCCCAUUGUUAACGCCCUUUCAGCUUCUCAGAUGCCUCAGUUCAACAUGACAAGUGUUGAUAUUGACCGAUUUUACAAGUAUCUAUCGGACAUGGGCUAUAACUAUUCUCCGCCAUUCAAGGCAAUAAGUUCCAUUCUUCGCAGGAAGGAUGCAGCAGUUGGAGAAAUCACUGAUGCUCGCGGCGAAGCAUGGGAAGACAAUUUCCUUAUGCACCCUGGUUUUGUUGAUACCAGUUUCCAAGCUGUCUUUGCUGCAUUCAGCUCUCCCGGAGAUGACCGGCUCUGGUCUAUCCAUGUUCCUACUAAAAUCAACCGGCUAUCAAUUAAUCCAUCAUUAGCAGUUUUUCCACCAGGUGAAGAAGUCGUUUGGCCUUGGCAAGCUGCUGUGACCAGUGGAACACAUGAUACCCCUACAGCUGACAUUGAAGUCUUUGCCCCCAAUAAGAAUGGAAUUCUCAUGGAAAUUGAAGGCAUUGUCCUUGUUCCACUGGCCAAGGCUUCGGGAGAGAACGAUGUGAAGCUAUUCUCCAAUCUUGUCUACGAUCUAGCUCAACCGGACGGCGCUAUUGCCUCUCCCCAUCGUUUACCCGAGUCUGACGCUCAUAUUGCGAGGGUUUCUGAGAGAUUCUCUUUCUACUGGAUCAACCAACUCCUGAAUACCAUCACCACUGAAGAGGAGGAGGAAACUCUUCCACACUUCAAACAUAUGCUUAGGUGGUGCAGAUUUGUGCACAAGCAAGUUAUUGAUGGGGAGCACCCCUUUGUUGGGCCUGACGCUGUGAAUGAUACCUUGGAUUAUGUAGAGUCUCUUGUUGCCGAUGCCGGAGAUCGUGCUGAUAUUGGUAUUCUCAGAGCAGUUGGCCAAAAUAUUGCUCAUGUUAUUCGCACUCGUGGAAAUAUUCACGAGUAUGCAUUGAAGGAUAACAUCCUGGAUCGCUUCUAUGAAGAGGCUAUUGGCCUGGAUAUCACCAACCAGUGGGAAGCAAACCUCGCUGCUCAAGUUGCUUACCGAUAUCCACGAAUGAAUAUUAUCGAAAUUGGUGCCGGUACGGGCGGAUCAACUAGAAUGAUUCUCCCUACUUUAGGAAAUGCAUUUUCAACUUAUACGUUCACGGAUAUUUCUUCUGGAUUUUUCGAGGCGGCAGAGGAGAGAUUUAGCCAAUAUGCAGAUCGCAUGAUUUUCAAAACUCUUGACAUGGAAAAAGAUCUCAGCGAACAGGGAUUUACCGAAGGUCAUUACGAUAUGGUUCUUGCUUCAAACGUUCUACAUGUUGGCCCUGAUAUUGAUUUGACUUUGUCCAAUGUGCGCAAACUUGUGAAACCAGGUGGUUGGUUAAUCAACAUGGAGGUGGCCACAUACUUCCCAAGCUUACGAGAGGGUUUCUCGAUGUCUGGCUUCCCAGGCUGGUGGUGUGGUGCUGAAACAGGUCGUCCAUGGGGCCCAACAAUAACCGUGGAUGAAUGGGAUAAAGUGUACAGGCGAACUGGAUGGUCCGGUGUUGACACCUUCACUCCCAACAUUGACUCUAUAGAUCACUUGGUUGUUAUGGUGACCCAGGCCGUGGAUUCCCAAAUCUACACUCUUAGAGAUCCUCUCUCCCCUGAACACGCUCAUCCACAACGCGACAAUCUCGUUAUUAUAGGUGGAAGUACUGAUGAAGUUGCCAGCAUCGUUACAGAAUGUGCGAAUAUCCUACAGCCGCAUUUCAGUUCGAUCUCAAACGUAAUUUCAAUUGAUGAUUUUAGCAACAGCAAGAGCGACACGGUUGCCACAGUCUUAAAUUUGGCUGAGCUGGAUGUACCAAUUAUGAAAGAGCUCAUGGAUAACCAACCCCAGAAGCUUGAUGGCGUUAAGGAGGUAUUUUCAACCCCCAGGGAGAUCCUUUGGGUCACCAAAGGCAACAGAUCGGAGAGCCCGUUCUCCCGCAUGUUGGUCGGCAUGGCGCGCACCCUCCGCAGAGAGUAUUCUGGAAUCAACUUCCAGGCACUUGACGUUGAUUUACUGGAUUCAAACUCUGCUAAGCUGUUUGCGGAGACAUUACUCCGACACGUCAAUCUCAAUGAGGCAAACAGUCGACUUGUUCCAGGAUCCAUUCUAUGGAGUAAUGAAUCUGAGUAUCAUCUGGAGAAUAACAAAAUUUAUACCCCCAGACUUAUGUCUGCAGAUAAGCUGAAUGACCGAUACAAUUCAUAUAAACGCCGUAUUACUCACGAAGUUCCUGCCAAUUCAUCCUGUAUUGAAUUGACCAUGAAGGGAGACUCAUACGACCUUUUCGAACUAUCUCCUCUUAAGCCUACUGCUGGGUCUGAUGGUGAUAGUGAAAUUACUGUAAUGAAGUCCCUGCUUCAAUCCGUGGAAGUCCCUUUGGUGGGACACUUCUUCUUGUGCUAUGGCAAGAAUAACUCCGGUGAAAAUGUCAUCGCUCUCUCAGAUCAGAGCAAGUCGGUGGUUCAUAUUCCAAAGCCGUGGACCAUACCAUACAGUGGGGAGGCCAAUUCAGCACAAGUUCUUCUUUCAAUUGCUGCUAAUCUCGUUGCACAUCUGAUCAUCGAGGACGCCAUAGCGAAAAGUACUAUUUUAGUCCAUGAACCUGACCAAAUUGUAGCUGCUGCCAUUAGCAAGCAAGCUGUGUCGAAAAAGAUUCAAACUUUUUUCACUACUACUCAAACUUCAAAGAAGGGGCCACAGUGGACUUAUAUUCAUCCUAAAACCCCUCGCCGUUUGCUGAGAAAGCAGUUGCCUAAAGAAGUAUCCCUUUUCAUCAAUUUUUCCAAUUGCUCGGACGAGCAGGCUAUAUCUAACCUCCUGGACUGCCUGCCGGUUUGUUGCAAACAAUCAAACCGAUAUAUGUUUUUCGGAAACAAGGUUGCAAGAUGCUUUGGCUCCGACGUUGACCUUGUCUCCAAAUAUUUAUCCACAGGCUUUGAUAUUUCUAAGGCUGCUAACUUCAUGGUGCCUGAGAAUAGGUCUAGUCUGCCUCUGGAUAAGGUUCCUGGGUAUUCUGAUAAAAACAAAUGCCUAUUAGUAGUCGAUUGGGCGGUCGAUACCCAAAUACCGCUUACUGUCGAGCCUAUUGACCCUUACACCAACCUUUUCAGUGCAGAAAAAACAUACCUCAUGGCUGGUUUGUCUGGAGAAAUGGGCCAGUCCCUCGCAGAAUGGAUGAUAAGCCGAGGGGCGAGAUAUGUUGUUCUUACCAGCAGGAGACCUAAGGUAAAUGCUCAGUGGAUCGAAAGUAUGGAAGACGAAUAUGGGGCAACCAUAAAGCAAAUGCCGCUGGAUAUUACGGACGCGGAUGCUCUUCAAGCUUGCUAUAACAAAAUAUGCCGCACCAUGCCGCCUAUUGGUGGAGUUGCACACGGAGCUAUGGUUUUGGUUGACAGUCUCUUUCAGAAGAUGAGUUAUGACGACCUUAUGGCAGCCCUAAGGCCAAAGGUCCUUGGAGCAAUCAACCUGGAUAACCUUUUCUCGGAGAAUAUCCUUGACUUUUUUAUUUUGUUCUCUUCCAUUACAGCCCUAAUUGGCAACGCUGGUCAGAGUAACUAUAUAGGCGCCAACAGUUUCAUGGAAUCUCUAGGCUUGCAGCGUCGUCGUAAGGGUCUUGCCGCAUCCGUUAUCGCAAUUUCGUCCCUUAUUGGCCUUGGCUAUUUUGAGCGCGCCGAAGAUCUAGAUAUCGACCAAUUUUCUCGAUCUGGAUACAGAAAUGUUUCUGAACAGGACAUUCACACCUUGUUUGCAGAAGCAAUCGUCAGAGGAAGACCAGGGACGACCGAAAGCCACGAAGUCGUAUCCGGCGUUGUUCCUACAUAUGCGGAUGGAGAUAUCAGAGCAUCCUACCUAAAAGAUAGCAAGUUCUCCCACUUGAUUCUGGAACGUACCUCAGCCAAACAGGAUAGCACUUCAUCUGCCCAAAUUCCCGUUAGGAUUCAGCUUCUUACGGCGACAACAGAGGAAGAAGUUUGCGAUAUCAUGCAAUGUAAGACUUACAUUACUCUUUCCAGAAAAACAGUGACUAACAUUUCAUUAGCUGGGUUUACACGAAGAAUCAAGAAGAUGUUACGUAUCCCAGAAGAGGAUGACUUUAAUGCAACAGCUUCACUUGUAGAGCUGGGGGUCGACUCACUGGUUGCAGUUGAGAUUCGAACCUGGUUUAUCCGAGAAGUUGAUAUCGACAUGCCAGUUCUCAAAGUCUUAGGUGGUUCAUCGGUCUCUGAUUUGAUAAAUGAUGCCAUGCUGCGGAUAUCCCCUGACCUUACCCCUAACCUAGGAGCCGAAGGGGCUAAAGUCGAAGCCAAUAGCAAACCUGCACUACCUGAAGAGACUCCCACCCUUUCUUCUAAACCAGUUAUGGCACAUAAGUCAGCUGCAUCUACGCAAGAGGCCGAACCCAAUUUCAAAAUUACAAAUGUCAACCCAUCAGCAAUAUCUAUUCCUGCUAUUACCACAACUACGAAACCAGCCAUAUCACUAUCAACUGAAGUCAAGGAAAUCAAGUCUGAUCACCAAAGCUUCGACAGCUUAGCUAAAUCAGAAGUCACCGAAAUGAUGUCCUUUGGGCAAUCGCGGUUUUGGUUCCUUAAUCAAGCCCUCCAGGAUAAAACAACGUUCAACAUGGCAAUUUUGGUCAGGCUUAGUGGGCGUAUUCGUGUUAAAGACAUGGAGAGAGCCUUGGAAACUGUGGUUUUAAGGCAUGAUGCCCUUCGCACAAGAUACUUUUCAACCGGUGAAUAUAUGGAGAAUCCAAUGCAAGGGGUUAUUCCAACUUCCGCAGUCAAACUUGUUGUUAAGCAUUGUAAGGAUGAAUCUGGCGCUUACAGGGAACUUGAUGAAAUCAGAUCCCAUGUAUGGGACCUAAAUAGUUGGGAAACCAUGAAAGUAUCCCUGCUUUCUUCCUCUGAAACGAUGCACUACCUUGUCAUUGGAUGUCACCACAUUGGCAUGGACGGAUUCAGCUUCAACAUUUUCUAUAGUGACCUUGAAAAGGCAUACGAAGGACAGAAGCUGCCUGCUAUUUCUAAAUCUGCACAGUACGGAGCGUUUGCACGAAAACAACGUGAAGAUUGGGAUAAUGGUAAUAUGAAUGCGGACCUCGCAUAUUACCGUGAAAUUAUUCCUACAAACCUCAGCCCUAUCCCCCUAUUUCCAUUUGCAAAGUCCAGCACACGAUUGCCCCUGGAUGUCUACGGUACCCAUAGCGCAGACAUUCGCCUUGAGCCAGCACUGACAAGGAAAAUCAAAGCUGCUUCCCGAUCUCUUAGCUCAACAACAUUUCAUUUCUAUCCUGCAGUCCUCCAGGCUCUUGUUUUCCGUCAAUUAGACGACUGUGAUGAAUUUUUCAUCGGAGUUGCUGACGCAAAUAGGACGGAUGACAAAUUUAUCAGCACCCUUGGGUUCUUCCUCAACCUCCUUCCAGUACGUUUCGAACGCGAUGCGGCAGAUAAGUUUGGAGACGCUGUAAAACAGGUCCGAAACAAAGUGUACAAAGGACUGGCCCAUUCUAAGUUACCUUUUGACAUACUUCUGGAUGAGUUAAAAAUCCCUCGGUCAGCAACUUCCACUCCCAUCUUCCAGGUUUUCGUGGACUACAGACAAGGUGUCGAAGAGAAACAGAAGUACAUGGGUCUUGAUGCUAUAGGUGAAAAGUGGCACCUUGCGAGGACUGGCUAUGACAUGACUCUCGAUAUUGUUGAAAAUGCUACUGGUGAUACCCGCCUUGAACUACGCCUUCAGCAAUGUCUAUACACGGCAAAACAUACCAAACUUUUGCUAGAAGGCUAUGCGAACCUCUUGAUGGCCUUUGCUGAUAACCCAGCUGUAAACUGGAAUGCACCGGAUGUUUGGGAUAGUAAGACAAUUAAUGAUGCAAUUGAAGUCGGCCGCGUGUCUCAACAUGGCACCAAUAUCUGUCUCAAGGAUGGAACUGGAAAGAUCAUGACUUAUUCACAGAUGGCACGCCGUGUCAACUCCAUUUGCUCCGCCUUGGUUACAGCUAAUGUUACUGAGGGUGACAAGGUGGCUGUCUUCCAACAGCCCACUGCCGACUGGGUUUGCUCACUGCUUGCCAUAUUCCGUGCUGGAGCUGUUUAUGUUCCUCUUGAUCUCCGGACUCCCUUCCCUCGUCUUGCUGCGAUUGUCGAUCAAAUCCAACCUCAAGCAAUUCUUGCUCAUAGCCAAACUCUCGGAGAUGUGGAACACAUCAAUACUUCAGCCUCCGCAGUCGUGGAUAUAACCAAUCUACCUACCGACAGCCCAUUCAUGCCGAACAUUGCCAAACCUGGCGCACCCGCGGUUAUUCUGUUCACUAGUGGGUCAACAGGGACCCCCAAAGGCAUCCAUAUCAAUCACAGCAGCAUCGUAAAACAGCUAGAAGGCUGCUCCAAACAAUUUGAUUUGAAGAGCUCUGCCUCCUACGUCCUUCACCAAACCGCCUACUCUUUCGACAAAUCGCUCGAACAGAUUUUUACCGCAUUGGUACAUGGUGGUGCCCUCUAUGUUGUUCCGGCGGAGCAGCGUGGUGACCCUAUAUCAAUCACUAAUAUCAUGGCCUUAGAGGGGAUAACGCAUACUGCUACUACACCGUCAGAAUAUCUAAUGUGGUUCCGUUACGCAAGAGACAAUCUCCUGAAAUGCAAAUCUUGGAAGUGUGCCCUUCUUGGAGGGGAAGUUGCUUCAGAUGCUGUCCUUGAAGAAUUCCGAAAGUUGGGGAUGCCGAUCAGACUCCUUGACAGCUAUGGUCCCGCUGAAAUCACGAUGUCCUGUGCUAAGGUUGAGUUGCCAUAUCGUUCUAUGGUGGUCGGUACACAAGCACCAGUAGGCUUCAUGUUGCCAAAUUACUCUGUCGCUAUCGUGGAUCCUAAGAUGAACCCCCUCCCUCUCGGCUUCGCUGGUGAGAUUGUUAUCGGAGGUGUAGGCGUGGCCGGGGGUUACCUAAACAAUGAUGAACUAACUAGACAGAAGUUCAUUGCAAACAACUUUGGGGGAGAAGGGAUGGUGUACCGUACCGGAGACAAGGGCCGUCUUACCGAAGAAGGGGCUCUUUUCUUUGAGGGCCGAAUAGAUGGUGAUACCCAAAUCAAGUUACGGGGCGUCCGUAUCGAACUUGAAGACAUUGAAAGCACCAUACUUCAAGCUUCGACGGGUGCCCUUACCCAUGCUGUUGUUACCGUGCGUGGAGAACAAGACUCCGCCUUCUUAGUAGCACACGUUGUGUUCUCCACAGCGUAUACAGAAUAUCGCGAUGAAUUGCUUGCCCGACUUCCAACGAUUCUACCACUAGCGCAGUAUAUGAUUCCUACUGUCUUUGUUGCCUUAGACAAUGUUCCAUUCACAGCUCAUUUCAAGGUUGACCGGAAAGCAGUGCAGGCUCUCCCGAUCCCGGAGGCAGAAAAGAAGUCAACAGAGGAGCUAACUGAACAGACCGAAACCGAAUCCCAUCUUGCUGGGCUUUGGUACGAGAUAAUUCCAGCAGCCCGCUCGUUAACACCCAGCGCCGACUUCUUCCAUGCUGGAGGUAAUUCUCUAAUGCUUGUUAAACUGCAAGCAAUGAUACGCCAAAGCUUCAGCGUUAGCAUCCAGCUCUUUGAUAUAAUGAAUGCGGGGACCCUCCAAAACAUGGCUCGCUUAAUUGAUGACGCCCUUGGGGUCAAGGAGCUAGACUGGACUGUCGAAACCGAUCUUCCAAGGCUACCUAAGUCUAACGCCGAUGUUUCACCUCCGAAACAGAAAGAUAUGGUAGUUAUGAUGACUGGAGCUACUGGUGUUCUUGGUAGAAAUGUUCUUGCCCAUUUGGUCGCGGAUGACCGCAUAUCCAAAAUAUAUACAUUGGCUGUACGCCCGCAAAGCGAUAUCUCAAUCUUGACUCGCAUUCCCGAUCCUAAAGGAAAGAUGAUCAUUAAGCAUGGUAACCUCGACAAAGCUCGUCUUGGUCUAUCCGAAAAAGAGGCGACGCUCCUUUCAAGCGAACUCGAUGCAAUCUUACACGUUGGUGCCAACCGUUCAUUCUGGGAUUCUUAUUACCAUCUGCGUGCUACAAAUGUCUCUAGCGUCAAAGAAAUUGUGAAGAUUGCACACCCACGCAAGAUCCCUAUUCACUUCUGUUCUUCGGGAGGAGUUACGUUGUACUCAGGAGGCUUUCCACCUGCCAGUGGACAUGAUGGAUACGUUGCCUCUAAGUGGGCAGCAGAAAAAGUGCUCGCCAACGCCACGCAAGAGCUCGAUCUGAGAGUUGUCUUGCAUCGCCCGGCGAAGGCCUCUGGGGCCGCAACUAAUGUUCCAGACGAAAUCUUAAAUGAACUCCUUUCUCUUGCCAGGCAGUCUCAGAGAAAACCAGAUCUAGAUGGUCUAACUGGCAGUAUAGGCAUAAUUCCUCUCGAACGAAUUGCGGGAGACAUCGUGAGGUCUUUAUUUGACGAGGCUAUCAAACUAAGCCAUCCCGAAGUCCUAACACACUCUAGUGCUCUCAACGUCAGCAUCAAGGACUUUGCCGAUAAGAUAACACAAGACGAAGCUGUGUCCAAGCUGGAAGGCAUGCCGGCCCUGAAAUGGAUGGGAUUAGCUAAAAAGAUGGGAUGGAGCCAGUUCAUGGUUGGUCAUGAAAUCUCAAUGAGCAACUCCAAGGACCACAUUGUGUCUACUCGAUAG